CGGGAGUCAUGGGGAUGACGGGGAUGACGGGGGAGGCGCUCGAGGCACUCGAAUGACAACUCGGUGCACCUGCCGAAGGACGGUGUCGUCUGCUCCGAGUAGACGUGUUCAGACCAGGCACACUCGAGUGCAGGGAUGAGGCUGCUUUCCUACGUGGCCCUGGCAUUGGGGGCCCUCCUGCUGCUGCAGGCUCAACUCAGUGGGGCAAAGCGCGGGGGCGGAGGCUUCAAGUCGAGCAUCGGCUGGGGCCGCAAGACGUCUUCCUCCAGCAAGGGAAACACAGGGGGAUCCCGCAAGCCAGGGCAAAGCACAAACACGCAACCGGGUAACUACCCCAGGCAACCGCAACCACAGAACCCUGCAGGAGGAUACCCGGCUGGGGGAGGAUACCCGGCUGGGGGAGGAUACCCGGCUGGAGGAGGAUACCCGGCUGGGGGAGGAUACCCGGCUGGGGGAGGAUAUCCUAAUCAGUAUCCACCAAGAGGAGGUGUUAAUCCUGGAGGGUACCCAGCUGCCGGAGGGUACCCAGCUGCCGGAGGGUAUCCUAACCAGUAUCCACCAAGAGGAGGUGUUAAUCCUGGAGGGUACCCAGCUGCCGGUGGUUACCCAGCUGCCGGUGGUUACCCCGCUGCCGGUGGUUACCCCGCUAGAGGAGGGGUGAAUCCAGGUGGUUAUCCAAACCAGUAUGGAGGAGGAGGAUUUUACCCUGGGGGAGGUGCUUAUCCUGGUGGUUACCCAAACAGGGGUGUGCCAGGAUGGGGACAAGGUGGCUAUCCUGGGGGUUACCCUGGAGGAGGAGCGUAUCCUAACUGGAACCCAGACAAUAAGAUCUUGAGUCCACGCUAUGGCGGGGGCUACGGAUAUGGAGGAGGUGGGUUCGGCAUGGGAGGCUCUCCUUUCUCUCAUGCAGUGCAUGGCAUGGGUAUGGGUCCUUCGCUGAAAUCCAAGGGCUUUGGGAAGAGCGCAGCCAUGGCGGCAGGGGUUGGAGCGCUUGCCGGCAUGGCGGUGGGAUAUGGUUUGGGCCGCUUUCCCCGUCCGAACUUCCACUUCCACAGCCCCAUGGAAGAGUAUUACUACAACCACUACAUGUACCGCCGCUACGGGUCCCGCUCCACCGACAACAACGACUACGGCCGGGAUUACCAGUUCAAGCCACCGCCACAGUCCUACGACGAGUACAUGGACAGCUGUAUGCAGAGGACCGAUUUGCUCCAGGGACAGGAUGGCAGCUCUCAAAAUACCCCAGAUGUAAGCAGCAUGGCGAGGGACACUCCAGUUACCCCCGUGAAACAGGACACGCAGACAGGCUAUCCCAACACGAGUGGCGACGUGGGCAAAGGCUCCGACUCGUCACCGGGCAACAGUACGGCAAGCGGGAACUCCAUGGAUGAAGGGGAGGCGAAGACCACCACAGAGAGACCACAGACCCCUAACCCUGGGCUUCCCGGCAACUCCAAAGCAGAGUCCGUCCCACCUCCCGGUGGCAAGGCGGAUGAUGACACGGUGAGCAUUUUGGAGAUUGGCUACCCGGAGCUGAUAGAGCAAUUGAAAGCGCGCCGCUGUGUGGAGCUCUACAUGGUGUACUCUGAGCGUUACAUGGAGAAGCAGAUGGCCGUGCGGAGCAACAACCCCAGUGGGAGCGCGGGAGCCCUGCGGUGCCCGCUGAGCCGGGGGCUACUUGUGCUCCUCACUGCUUUCAUCCUGACCCUGACGACCCAUCUCCCGCCGCCCUGACUCUCGGAGGCGCCGGCACGACCGCCACUCAUGCGGACGUGUGAUUGAACACAGACACGCAAACUAAAGCUGCCAGAGGGAUUGUGUUCCAGCUCUCACAGAAAUCACGGUUUGGGUCAUUUUAUUUAUCAGAUUUAGCAAAUCUGCAUUUUUGUAUGUUGUGGUUGCUGCUGCCUGCCGUUGAAGUGUAGAACCCCUUGUUUGGAGCCGUCCCAAGCCACCGAUCGUUACAGUACUGGGUAACGUACCGCGCUCUGUCCUCACGCAUGCGCAUGACUGCUGUAUGUGUUAAACUGGUGACUCCAAAUGGCAAACUACAAUAAAGAUGUGAAAGUACAAAUCAAAAAGGAUCAACUCUUAAAUAGGCAAAGGGGGUAUGAACAGUGCAUGCACACUUCCAAAAGGGGGCACGUUAGAUUUGUACAUAUAGCAGAUUUAAUUGUACUUCACAAGUACUGACUGCUGCAUGAACCAGAAAGUUACAUGAUAGAAAAUGAAGGUUAUGUUAUGGCACUUUAUUCACAGAGACUGACAAAUAAUCUCUUUAAGUAAAAUUUACAUGGAGGAGGCUGUUGCCAUGGAAACAACUUUACACUGUCUUUUU